GUCUAUGUCAGCAUGACAUCAGCAUUCCUCUCUCUUGCAAAGCCUUUAAUUUUUCCCUCCUUAAUCUUUGAUGGACGGUUCCCCAAUGGAUCGUUCCUCACUGUCGAGGCCCAUUCUCGUCCCUCUUGGGGGUGGCAAAGUAUCCUCUUUGGUUGACAAUUGUUGGAAUCAUGGUUGCGAUGGCAAAUUGGGAAUGGUCAGAAGGCCCCUCUGCUAACAUCCAGCUGGAUGCCCCAGCAACAUCCCCUUCUCCAAGUCUACAACCCGUGUGUGGUUCCUGAGGGUGAGGGUUUGAAGGUGGAGGAGGUGAUCUAGCAAGGGGAGGGUCGAUGGAAUGAGCAAAAACUAUGUCAAUGGUUUGAUCCAGAUACUUGUAGAGCCAUUAAGACUAUCCCUUUGCCGCGCCAGAAUAUUGAGGAUAAAUUGAUAUGGCAUCCGACUUCUGAUGGUGUUUUCUCAGUUAAAUCUGCGUACUACGUCGCGGUGAAUAUGGAACAUCAGAAUGGUCGUUGGAGGGCUUUGGCUAGUUAGAUGGAUAAGCCUAGUUGGAUCAGGCCGUGGGAGGCAGAUAUUCCUCCGAAGCUUAGGGUGUUUCUAUGGCAAGUCUUUCAUAGAAUUCUUCCUACUGCGGAAGCGUUGCGUGAAAAGAAGGUGGAUGUUUUGCCUCGUUGUCCGGUGUGCUGGGAGGCAUCGGAAACUUUGGAACAUAUGUUCUUGGAGUGCCUGGUGGCUCGUGCAUUGUGGGAUCAUUCGGGGCUAGCCCACCUGGGUGAAGGUUUGCCUCGCCAUACGUUUCCGCUAUUUUUGAAGAAAUUGUUGGCUGUGGUGCAUAACCCUGCUUUGGUGAUGUCUGUAGUGGCUGUUCUGUGGCGGAUUUGGCGAUCCCGUAACUGGGUAGUCUUUGAAGGCAAACAGUUUGGGAUCCCUGCCUUGAUGCGGCAGUUCCACCAACAAAUCCAGGAAUGGCUUAGCUUACCCCGGGAUCAGACGGAUCGGCUUGGGCGCCCCCCGGCCCCGACCGUAGUUGUUGAUGGAGCUGGCACGACAAUUUGUAUGUGGGAUGGGGCUGUGCGGUUGGGAUCUCAUGCGGCUGGGGGGAUGGUUAUCCUCAAUUCUGAUAGAGCGCUCAUCCUUGCGAAGGGGGUUCACUUCCUGUUCCUGGAUGAUCCAAUGAUGGUUGAAGCUCUGGUCCUCUGGGAGGCGAUGGGCUGGUGCUUGGCAAAUGGAUUCACUGUCAUGAGGUUUGAAGGUGAUACCCAGGUGGUAAUUGAGAAGAUUCUCUGGCGGGAUGUUCGUGACAAUCAAAUACGGGCAAUUCUGGAAGAGAUAGUCAACUUGUUUGCUUCGAACAGAGGUUUCACUGUACGAUUUGUAGGACGACGUAACAAUAGGGUAGCUCAUCUGGUAGCUAGACAGGCCCUGUCUUUGUUCCCAACUACAUGUCGAUUGUUUGAUUUCCAGGCCUGGCUGUAUUCCAGGAUGUAACGAUCUUUUGGUUUUAAUCUAAUGAUUAUCUUUUGUAAAAAAAAAAAAGACUAUUUCUCACUCGAUUUAAGUCGAUUUUUUUCACAGUUAGAUCAGAUUAAUUGUGCUCUUCAAAAUGAUAUCCACUUUGAUAUAUUUUUCGUACAAAAAAAAGUGAGCCAUUUUUUACCAGUCUAUACCAUAUGGUAUUGACUGGUAUUGAAAUAAGAGCAUACCUAUGGUUUGAAAAGCGUGCAAUGGUGGUAUGAACAAACCAAGACUGUAGGAUGGUUGAAUACAUGAUAGUAGAAAUAUAUUAACUGUCAUUUACGACUUUUAACAUUGUGUACCAUAAGAUACCACCCCAUACCAGGGUGGUAUUGUAUGAUAUUGUGUGGUAUUUUUUGGUCGUGUAAUUUGUUCACCCAAAAAUUUGUAGAUUCAAUAGAUCAUGAUGAACUCGUCCCUUCUGUGCAAACGUUUUCAAAAACGAAUUAAAAACGAAGAAAAUACUAUAUGGUAUGCAGUUGGUACCGAGAUGCCAGAAUUUUUUGUUCUAAAAAAAUAUUGAAAAUUGA